AUGAAGGCGAACCCAAAACCGCUGCAUGACUCGUUGAUGCCACGCGUCCCGGCUGGUGGAGUAGAUUUUGUUACACGUCGAAAAACAUGCGGCCACGCAACACAAAUUCUAUCUUCAAUGCGAAUUAUGCAUGACAAAACUUCAAAAAGCAGCAUUAUACUCUUCUUUCCCGGAUCCGCCCAUGUUGAGACCUUGUCGUAUUUCCCUGGUGCUUAUGAAAGUGCCUAACAACUCCCUCUCGCCCUCAUGAUUUGCAUUGCAUGAACAGCAAGACAAGACGGGGCUUUCUCAUCAAAAAUCGAGCACCAUGUCCUGUGGAUUGCUCGGGUCAUGGGGUGACGGGACAGGCGGUUGGCUCGGGUAGGCUUCAUCUAAGUGGCGGCUUUGUUCAGUGGGUCCCACACAACCGGAAACGCCGCCGGCUUCGGCGUUCGUCUUCCAUCACCACGCAGAGCAACACCACGACAAUAAGUACUCCAAGCAUUCUGCGGCCAGGUCUUUCCGGAUCCAAUGAGCAAUGGCCGUCUCUUGGAAAGUCGCGCCGCGGGGGCAAUCCAAGGGCCCCCCUUUUGCCUAAGAAAAAGCACUCCCCUUGGCGUUCCUUCCCCCGACCUAAAAUGGCCGAUUUCGGAAUCAAAAAAAGUACCCCCCUCAGGCACCCCCCUGGAGGGAGGCCCCUGGGUGCCGCCUGUCGCCUUUAUAGAGUUUGGGCCGGCCUCGUUUGUAAACGAGCCCCCGAGCCAGUUGCGCCAAAGGCGAAACACUUUUGCGGCAGAUGCGCGCUUGCCCUUUCUACUCGAGAAGGAGUCGCGGCUGGUCCGGGCCGAUAGGCCUGCAGAAACAAAUGGGGCGGGCCGCUACUAGCACUUCUAGCCGCAACGCAGACAAAUCAUCUCGCCCCGCCGCCACGACCCCGCGUCAGGGGGGUGCUCGAUUUUUGAUGUACUUCUGGAAUUUUCCUUGUCUAAAGAUUGCCACCUCUCGCCAUGUCCUGUGAAUUGCAUCUGGGGGCCGUGGGGCGGCUGGAUAUGGAUUCUUGCAAAAAUGUCUGGUUCUGAAAGAAUGCAACGUCUCAUGUGAAGAUGCACAAUUUGCAUGACGCAUGAUGUCAUCUGUGAUGCAUGCACUAGCAUCAAAGAUGUGAUGAUUCUGCGAGGGUGGUCUCCUGAAGAUGCCCAUCUCGCAUGAGAAAUAAUGCCCACUCACCGUAGCAAAAACUGGACUCCUUUAUUUGCUGUUCAACUUCAGGCAAUGCAUAUAGUACACGAUAUUUUUGAUAUUUACGUAGGGUCACUUCCAAAGGGAGAAGGUAGCAAGCAUCACAAGUUGCAUCCUUUCCCUGCCGGACCCAGACACGUUUGCAUUUGAUCGUGGAGUGCGUGCAGCAAGUCUUGUGUUACGCCAUGUGAUCCCGAUAAGGGGACAAUCACAGGCUACCGACAAAAAACGCGUUGGGAACAAUUCGGGGGGGUGUGCCCCGGCAGUGAAUCGCUAACCACCGGUUGCGUUCCAGAGCCGCCACCCUGUCCCGUGCCCGUGGAUUGCGUAUGGGGCCCGUGGGGUCCGUAUCAAUCGUAAAAAGCUGCUGUCGUAUAUCAACUGCAAAAAUAUCUGGGUCUGAGAAGUGUAAUAAUUCAACUUGUCAUGCAGAUUUUCCAUGACAGACCCAUGAGGUCUGGAAUGCAGGGCUUAGCAUGACAGACUCGGCGAGGUCCUCUCUGCCAUGCCUGUCCUGCGUAAGAAACUCCCUUCCAACUUGGUCAAAAGUGGACGGCUUUUGGCACUCAUACAACACAGAUUUUUGCAUGCUUCAGAUUUGCCAUGACAAGUUACCACCUUUCAGACAUCCAGGAAUAGUUAUUUGCAAUUGAUACUGUGCUGUAAGCUUACGACACAGAUGAAUGCGCGCGAGCACUAUUCUGAGUAAAAACGCCCCCACCCCAAGUUUCUCUGUGCUUUAUUUUGGUCUCUUCCAGUACAUAAACACCCCAGAGCUGUGCUUUAUUUUAGUCUCUUCCAGUACAUAUACACCCCAGAGUUGUGGUUGAAUUUCGUGGUCUUUUCCAGUACAUAAACACCCCAGAGUUGUCAUGCACAUCUACACGCCAAAAAAGUUUCUCAUGCGGAGCCCCAUAAGAAACAUUUUCUAGUCGUGUUUGGGGAUUUGUAAUGCUAGAACCAGCAUGAUAUGCUAGAUCGGUGGUGCUGCUGAACUAGCUAAACAGGACCACACUACGAGGACAAACUUAUCAUGCGAAACAACCAAAGCUGGCUGAUUUGUCCAGCAGAUUUCCCAUCUUGUCUCUGGUGUGGGGACGUUUUUGCUCAGGAUAGAAUAUGCGCGAAGACCGAAUCGGUUGUCUUGCAUGUGUAGAACUGCGACCGCGGGGACCACUAUGGUAGCUGCACGAAGCCUGGCAAGUUCCCAUCUGCUUUGUCGCGGCAGUGUAGAAGAGCAAACUAUUGGAGAUGAAAAACACGCAAAGUUCCUGCUCACAAUAAAAUCAGCGUUACAUACAACUUCCAGUGGAGCGCUUUUUUCGUGCGAUUCCCCAUGGAGUGCUUGCGGGGGCGCGUCUUGCGGUAUGCAUUGCAAAUAUAACGUAGAAGUACUGUAGUCUGGUGGGUCUGAAGUUGUGACGCAGCAACAUGCUUACUUGAUGGACAAAGAGACAAUCUGGGGUGCGUGAGCAGUCUGCUGCUUUAUCGUGCUGGAUGAUGGACGCACUUUCUUGUCAUGCGCCACUGCGACAGAGUUCGGAAGAAGCCGAGGUGAGAAGCUUCGCAUCUUGCUGUGAUACCGUGCAGUAGCCUUUUUUGGCUGGUGCCUCAGUACAACCGGCUCAGACGGGCUCCUGGUGCUGGGGUCGGGCCCUCAUCUGGAGCGGAGACGCUGUUCUUGAACAAUAGGUGUAGGACAUCCCCGUUUGUUCGGAGGGGGCCGCGGCCAGGUGAAUAGUCUUUGCACCCCAGUUUGGCUCUGGGCCUCCAGUUAUGCCGCAGCGCUGUCGUUUUAGAUGGUGCAGCGGAGGCCACGACCUAGUAUGCUUGUACCACGCACCUCAAGUAAGAGGAACGCGCUGCAAAAUUAAGAUGAGCGCGCCCGCGCGCUCUCGUCGUUUUAUUCCCUUCUGCGACUUCUGCCGCGUACAUUUUUUGCCGAUGCAUGGCUCCGGAACCGCAUACUAGAAGUUUGCGUCUUGCGCGCCACCGCUUCCGUGGCUUGUUUCCAGCUUCUGCCUGCACUCAUGCGCUUGGCUGUGCCCGCUUUUUUGGCGGGCCAUUCUUGUUCUGAUGCCGGUCCCUUCUCGUGAAUCACGAAGCAAUCUCGAUUCGAGUCGCAUUUUGCAAAGAUCAGCGCGACACGUCGUCUGUAUCUACUUGCCAGAAGACCCAGGAGAUCUACUUUAAUAUUUGCAUUUGAUAUAAUGACAGUGGGGCAGUCACACGCGCACACGUCCAAAAUGGACAGUUGAGGUUAAUGGUGGGGUCUUAUCCACCUGUGCAAAAACGUACAACCGGCUCCAGUCCCAGACGGAUUUGUCAUCCAAAAUAAUCUAACCAGCAUCCAUGCCUGAAUUCAUCUUCAAAUGUGUCUGAUGCGCAGCCCCAUGCGAAGCUGCACCUUCUAAUGCUAAUAUCUGGAAGCGUUAUAAUUUCAAUUUCAUGCUAGAAAAAAUGAUGACGGACGAGCUAGUAAUCAAUGCUGGAUUCGCAGCUACGUGGCUCCUCUGACACCACUAGCGAAACACGACUCCCCCGCAACGAGCCCAAAAAAGAAAAAGGUGUCAUCUUCAUGCGCAACAGCCAUAAGCUUGUUGAUUUGUCGUGUGCUGCUGGCGGCAGAAUGAGUUCCCAUGAUCUUGACUCUGGGGUUUGGGCCGCGUUUUUGCAAAGGAUAACUCUGCUGGGGAGGUCCCUCUGAAACUCAAGGUUGCCAGAUGCCUGCGUGUUACUGCCAGCCAGGAUGUGCGUGCGGGCCACAUCAGAACUGUAACGGCGGCAAUUGUUGCUCUGGCGGGAUAAGCGACUGGACCUGCUUCAGGAAAGAUAACGGGUGGUCAGAGUGUUACGCUGAUGAAAAUAACCCAGGGUGUCACAAUGGGAUGCACGGUCCCUGGGCGGGAGGCUGGUGGGAGUGCAAAAACAUGAAAAAUGGUCGGAUUCAUUACGCGAGGUAAAAAAGUCUUCUUCAAAUAAUCCAGCUAAAAAAUCAGCCGGAAUGCUGAUAUUUUGGUGUUGUGGUGUGGUCCCGUAUCAAUGAGCGGUACGAGAUUGUGCCAAGAUUGCGUAAAAAGUAAUUAAUAUGUUGGAGGCGAAACAAGAUUACUUACGUAGACUGAGGAGAGAGCGACGGCCGCAGUUUGAUUUCUCCAUUACCAAAGGAAGACGCGAAGGCCGCAGUUUGAUUUCUUCUCACCAAUAGGGAGACGAGCUGGAGCUCAAGAAGAUGAACAAGAACACUAUUAUCGUUAUCGACGUGAAAAAAUCCAAAUCUGAAAUACAAAUAAGUACCUCAAUCCGAGUCUUUCAUCAUUUUCUCACUCGUACAGCUUGACGACGCGAAUUUUCAAUUUGAAUUUAUGUUGGACGACUGUAGUCCCGAUGUUCC